GGGCCUCAGGAGGCGGCCUCGCGGGACUCCGCCACCCAGGCCCCGGGCCCGCCACACCGCCCGCAACGGAAACCCGGCCGCCCCCUUUGAAAACCUUUUGUCGAAGUGAAACACCGCCCCCCUCCCCCGCCCCGGGUCCGCGCAGGCAGGCCGAUGGAUUUUCCCAAGCCGAGCGCACCCAGAUGGGUCCCUGCCCCCUGGGUCAUCCUGACUGCCUCUGUCCCCCCCGGAGCCUGGGCCCACCCGGCCGAGGGCGCCCCGCCAACGUCACGGAUGCAGGGAGGGGCUCUGGCUCAGGGAGCAGCCAGGGGCACCCCGAGUCCGCCCGAGGGUGCCGUGUCUGGGUCCACAGGGCAGGGCCCCUCAGGGCCUCAGCAGGGAGGCCUGGGCCGCGGGCAGCCAAGCCGUGUCUCUCAGAGUGGCCCCGAGCAGAGCCCAUGCUUGCUUUCAGAUCUUCACUACAAGCUCAUCAUGAACCAAAAGCCACAGAAGAAAGGCAGCACGUCGAGCUCCAGCCUUCAGUCCACCAAGUCCGUCUCGAACACAACAGUGUCGGCCGGCUCUCAGGGCAAGGCAAAGCCCCAGCCCGGGUCCUCUAAGAAGCCAGACUGGAAAGCUGAAGGCCCCCCGCAGCUGGACCUAGAGGAGACCUCGGUCGCCUCCCUGCUUCACGGCGGCAUGGUGGACAAGGCCCUCGGGGUGCAGGGGCCUGUCAAGGACGAAGAAGCAGACAGCGCUAACGCAGUGCCCCCCUGGGCGGUGGGCAGCCAGCGCAAGGGCAUGCAGGUGCCAGGGGCGCCCCCCUCGGCGGGCCUGCCCCUGCACCUGCGCAAGCCCGCCACGCUGCAGCAGUGUGAGGUCGUCAUCCGGCAGCUGUGGAACGCCAACCUCCUGCAGGCACAGGAGCUGCAGCACCUCAAGUCGCUCCUGGAAGGGAGCCAGAGGCCCAGGGCCGGCCCCGAGGAGGCUGGGCCCAGCUCCCCCAGAGACCAGGAGGCCCUGCAUUUGGGGGCCACGCAGCUCCCCAAGGUCACCGCCAAGGGCAUCUCUAAGAAAUGCCUGAUCCUGAGCCGGGCGCCCGUGGCAGAACAUGCCAUCCUGCCGGCACUGAAGCAGAGCCUCAAGACCAGCUUCGCAGAGCGGCAGCGGCGGCUGCAGGCGGUGCAGGGCCGGCGGCUGCACCGCUCAGUGCUCUGAGCGCCGGGCCCAGCCACCACCCUGCGGGACUGUGCCCCACGGACCCCCAGCGCGCGUAAGCCAAGCCCGCUUCCGAUCGACCAGGCCCACGGCGGACACCGCACGGGGUCUCGGGGCUGGGAACUGUUUAUUUUCUCCCUCAGUUUUUUGCUAUCCUGUGUCCUCACACACGUGUUAUGGAAUAAGCAUGAGCCUGUUGAAGACUGGAAAUAAAGCUCGUUUCUCCCAGUCGCGAGCCUCGUCCGUCACCCCGGCUCUACACCUGGCGGCAGGUGGCUCUACGCCUGGUGGCGGGCGGGGCCUGCCAGGAGCCACCCCGCCUGCCAGACCGGCGGCUGCCCUGGAAGAAAAGAAGCGGAGCCACAGCCCGCACGCUCCUCUCCGAGCGCAGGGGGCUGCCUGCCAGGCACCCGCGCGACACCGUCCUGCGUCCACCGGCACACACAGCUGGUGAGCGGCCCUGCCUGGCCCACCUUCCUCCACCGAGGGCCGGGGCCAUGGCCGCGGGGCAAGGUCCUCCCCCGGAUGCUGGCCCGCCCGGCGAUGGCCGCAGGACACCCUCGUCUGCCAGAGUGACAGCUUCGGCUUGGACCCGUCUGGCAGGACAGUCCUCUCAGCCCCACGGAGUCUAGGCGUC